AAAACAGCCGAUCUGGGGAGCGGUAGCUACGGUUUCGUGUGGCAGUGUCUGCAGCGCAGCAGCGGCCGGAUCGUGGCGGUCAAGGGCUUCAAACUGGCGCACACGGACAAGAAGUUUCUGGACCAAGCCAUUCGAGAAGUACGGAUGCUAAAAGCGUCCUGCGACCACCCCAAUGUCGUACAACUGCUGGAGGCAUUCAGCAGCAGCGGUCGCGUGUACAUGGUGUUUGAGUUUGUGGAGCGCUGUUUGUCCGCGGACCUCCACAAGCGCUUCACGUGUGGGCUGCCGGCGACCCAAACCCGGCUGGUUCUGUGGCAACUUCUAUGUGCAGUGGCGCACCUGCACUCGAAAAAGAUAAUCCACCGGGAUAUCAAACCGGGCAAUUUGCUGAUGACUGCGGACGGAGUGCUGAAGCUGUGUGACUUUGGGUUCGCCAGGACAACGAGAGGGGAGCCGUACCAGCCGGACCGGUUUUCGUCGUACGUGGUGACUAGGUGGUAUCGAUCUCCCGAGAUGCUGGUUUCGGAUCUGUACAGCGCCGCAUCUGAUAUUUGGUCGUUGGGCUGUACUUUCGCGGAAAUUGCUACCGGUCGGCCGCUGUUCCCGGGAACCUCCUCCCUGGAUCAGUUGUGGCGAAUCAUGAGGUGUCUUGGGCCCCUCCCGUAUAGUCAGGCGGAGAGGUUCGCGGCGGCGGCCACCGCCGCCGGGCUACCGGAACCGCCGCCGCCGCCGCCGCGCGGCAAGUCGCUGUGGCAGCGCCUGCCAGAGUUAGACGCGCGCUUGCUGGACGUGGUGCAGGUAUGUCUGUCUGUGUACAUGCCUGUACGUUAA